AUGACGGCAACAAAAGAAUCAGUUCGAUCAUUGUCGCAAAUGGAUAAAGCAACUAUUGUUCAUGUUCGACUUGUAUUUCUUCGAAUAGGUGAAAUUGAUACAUUAAAUGAAAAAUAUCAAGCACAUGUAUCUAUUGAAUCUCGUUGGUCGAUUUUAUUUGAAAAAUUUUCAUAUAAUCUAUCAUCAGAUGAUCAACAACGUUUAAAUAAUGGAAAAUCAGUUUCACUUGAAAAAUAUUCACAAUCUUAUUGGCAUCCUCAACUUUAUAUUGAAAAUGGGUUAGGUGACUUAAAAGAACAAAUCAAAUAUAGUGCAAAAUUAAAUAAAGAAAAUCAUACAAUUGAUAUUUGUGAACAUCGUGAUAUAAAAGGAUUCUUUUGGGAAAAACUUGAAUUACAACAUUUUCCAAGUGAUAUUCAAGGUUUAUCAGUUUCAAUAACUUCAAUGUUUUUUAUUGAUAAAGUUAUUUUAAUUGCUGAUCCAAAUCAUUUCAGUGGAAUUAAUAGAGAAGCAUUUGUUGAUCAACAAGAAUGGUCAUUAUAUGAACAUAUUGAUACAAAGCAAAGAUUUAUUUAUGAUUUUCUUUUUCAAACAAAUGAUCAUGAUGAUGAUAAUGAUGAUAAUCGAAAUAAUGAUAAUCCAGAACUAAUAAAUAUCUGUAAUACAGAUAACAGACAACGUUCAGUUUUAGCUGUUACUUGUCAUGCAGUAAAUCGACUUCAAGUAACAUGUACACUUAUUCUAACAUCAAUUACAUUUCGUUGGACAGUCAAUCGAUCACUUCCAACAAUUUCUUAUUUAACAUCGUUGGAUAAAUAUGGAUUACUAUGUAUAUUUAAUCUUUUUUUUCAUUCAAUAUGGCAUAGUACUAUUAGUGUGAUUGCUUGGGAAUAUACAACAAAUUAUUCUGUCGCAAAAAAUUCAUGGAUUAUGUAUUUAGAUCGAGGAGCUUGUGGUGUUUUUUUUAGUCUUUUCAUUAUUUUACAUAUUGGAAUGAUUAUCUGGUUUUAUCGUGUUCCAUUCAAACAUCGAAAACAAAUGAAACAAAAAGAUGAUCGAUAUAGAAUAUUAAUGCAAGAAAAGAUUAAAAACAGAAAGAAUCAAUCUUUUAAACAAGGAGAAAAUAAACAAUUUGUUUUUACAGAUUUUGUAGUAGAAAUUUAA